GGAAGGAACCAGGGAUACCAAACGUUUAUGUGCUACACGUACACACGGGUACGCCUUCGAGAUGAGAUUCAUUGUCCCAUUCCGUGCAGUGCUCUGUAUUCUGUGCCGGUUCUUUCUAUCACGAUGGCUUCUCCAAGCAAGAUGUCCAGUGCUGAUGGCAUUGAUGCUCGCCAUGGAAUAAUCAAAGAUGACCCAGACAGUUCCUGGUGUUCUCAAACAUGUCCAACUCCAAGCAAGAUACCCCGUGCUGAUGGCAUUGAUGCUGUCCAAGGAAUAUUCAAAGAUGACCCUGACAGUUCCUGGAGUUCUCCAACCAAGAUGCCCAGUCCUGAUGGCAUUGAUGCUCUCCAAAGAGUAAUCAAAGCUGACCCUGACAGUUCCUGGAGUUCUCCAAGCAAGAUACCCUGUCCUGAUGGCAUUGAUGCUCUCCAAAGAGUAAUCAAAGCUGACCCUGACAGUUCCUGGAGUUCUCCAAGCAAGAUGUCCCCUGCUGAUGAUCUCCAAUGCCAUAAAUGCAUAUUCCAAGGAGAUGACUCCAACAGUUCCCUGAGUGCUCCAAGCAAAAUGUCUGGUGAUGACUCUGACAUGUCUGACAGUUCCGGGAGUUCAUUUUCAGGAGACAGUGGUUCUGAAAAUGAACCUUCCAGUCACUCAAGUCAGAGUGAGAUCACUACAGAGAGCGACAUAGAGAGUGACGAUUCUGAUGUGGCGCCACUGCCAAGAAAGAAACGUCAGGCAAAUCUUCGGCCAAAAGGACGACAACUGCCCUUUCCUCGUGGACAGGGCCAUGUGAUCCGGCCACCAGCAGCAGCAGCCCAGCCAGCACAAACAAGGGCACCAGAUGGAACCGUUUGGUCCAACAAUCCAAGACCAACUGCCAAAAUGGCAAGGCCCAACAUAAUGACCCAGAAAGCUGGCCCCAGAAAUGUUGGUGGAGCAACCACGCCAUUGGAGAUUUUCGAAUUGUUUUUUCCAGCGGCCAUGUUGCAUGUCAUCUUGCAACACACUAAUGCCCAAGGAGUAAUGAAGAGAGGAAAGGAGUGGAGGAAUGUGGCAUUGAUGGAGCUGUAUGCCUUCUUGGGUCUCUUGUUGUACCUUGGACUGACAAACUUGGGGCACGAAAGAGUGCGCUCUUUCUGGGGCCAAGGAUUCUUCUGCAGACCACUGUGCUUAGCCACCAUGAGCAGUACACGAUUCCAGGACAUCCUGACCAUGCUCAGAUUUGACAACAAGGCGACUCGGGCCCAGAGAAAAUCCACAGACAAGUUUGCUCCAAUCAGAGAAAUCUUUGAGAUGUUCGCUCGGGCCUGUCGCCGACACUUCAGCCCCUCUGAAAGUGUGACCAUCGACGAACAGCUCAUUGCAUUUCGAGGACGGUGUUCCUUUCGGCAAUACAUGCCAAAAAAGCCAGCCAAAUAUGGACUGAAGUUUUGGACAUCAGUCGACAGCACAUCCCACUACCUUCACAACAUUCAGCCUUACACUGGAAAGCGAUCCAACCGGGUAGAAUGCCAUCUGGGGGCCCGAGUUGUCAAGGAACUUGCUGAGCCAUUGUUUGGGACAGGACGGAACAUCACUGCCAACACUUUUUUUGUCAGCAAUAACUUGGCUAACUACUUGUAUAAAAAGAACAUGACUCUUGUGGGAACAAUCAAAGGUAAUCGCAGUGAGGUUCCCUUGGAGAUGCGAAAGAGGAAUGUAUGGAAUCGGGCAACAAAAUCAUCGCAAUUUCUGUUCUCUGACACAUCGACUCUGGUUUCAUAUGUGCCCAAACCCAGGAAGAACAUCUUGCUCCUAUCAUCAAUGCAUCAUGAUACGGAAACACACCCCACUUCGAAGAAACCGGACAUCUUGACAUACUACAAUGCCACCAAGGCUGGCGUGCACACAUUUGAUCAGAUGUGCUCCGUCUACAACUGUGCCCGCAUCACCAGACGCUGGCCUAUGGCGGUAUUUUACCACCUUCUGAACUGUGCCGCAAUCAACAGCUUCAUCAUCUAUCUCCAAGUGAACCCCAAUCUUCAAGGUGAGCAAAAAACCCGCCACAACUUCAUCCACCAGCUUGUCAGGGCCUUGGUCAACCCACAGGUGACGAUGCGCCUGGCCCAGCCCCAACGACUGCCAAAGAAUGUGCUGAGAGCCAUGGAAGUGGCAGGAUUUGUUGUCCAGUACCCAACCGUGGCACCUGGCAGGCCCAACGAGUUACCCCCACAGAGAAGAUGUGCCUUCUGUCCCCAUGGCCGUAGGAGGAGAACAAGUCGUCUGUGCAGUGAAUGCAACAGCUUUUCUUGCCAAGUGCACAGUGUGAGCAGGACGACCACCAUCAUCACCUGUUUGCAAUGCAAGUCAGCACACUAGAGUGGCUGCAAAAAUCUGGUAACAGAAUGAACAACUCGGCCACAUCUGUACUUAUUCCGAGUAAAUACAGACAGUUCUAAGGAUACACAAAUUGUGGUACCACAACAAGAAAUGGCUCUUCGGCAUCUCUUUAAUGUUAUUGUUUUAGUACAUGUACAUGUAUGUUCUAUGCAUUUAACUAGAAGAGGGUCUACAUGUAUUUCCCAAGGCCUCAAACAGAACUGGACCCUCUUCUGGUUUAAUCAUGGCCCGAGGGGACAUUGGCUUGCACUGGUGACCAAAUUCAUUUUAUAACACGACUCAAACUAGAAAAACAUUCUUUCAGGGUUUUGACACUGUUUUAAUUAACCCAACCCUCCCAAAUCCUUUUCUGCAAAGUGGAGGAAAUUGGAGGAUUCAGGAUGUAUGGCAAAAGUGCAUGGCUGAUUUCGAAGGACGGCAUAUGUGAACGUCAUGGAUUAGACCUCAUGUUGUUUGUGCUUAGUCAAGCACAAAUUCAGCCUGAUAUUUCUUUUGAAUCAACUGCACAGCUCAAGAGUGCCAU